AUGACUAUUACUGGCGAGACGGUUUUCUCCAAAUCAGAUUUUAGUGAUGACAAUCCCUUCCUGUCUCUUGCGAGUUAUUCAGUUUUUGGUGAUCCCAAACUGAAAACUAUGUUCCUAAUUGAUAUCAUAGGUGAAGUGUUUGAACUAGGACAAAUUCAAACUGUGCAAGUUCAUGACAAGGACAGAAAAGAGACUUCAGUUUCGGAUGCUGGUCUUGAUGUUGUGUGUUGCCUAUGGGGAAAAUACGCUGAACAAUUUGAAGAAUAUAUCGAAGGAGGAAAUGAUCAAAUGUUAAUUUGUUUGAUUAGGUUUGCUAAAAACAACAUUUUCAGAGGAUCUGUACAAAUCACCAAUGGAUUUGAUGCUUCCAUUGUCACUCUCAAUCCAACCAUGCAGGAGGCUAUUGAUUUUAAGCAAAAAUUGUUACAAGAUGAACUUCCUCUUUCUAUUGUUGAGAAAAAAAAUGAUAAGGAGAUGAUUAAGAAGCAAGAAGCAGAUUGGAAUGAGAUUGAAGUUAGGUUCAUCUCUGAAAUUUUGGUAGCAUAUGAGCCUGGGAGCUGCAAAAUCAUCUGUUCAAUUGAGUCAAUUGACACAGACUGGGGUUGGUUCUACUUUGCAUGUAACAUACACAACACACGUGUUACCAAAAUUGGUAGAAAUAAUCCUGGAACUGAAAAGCCAUUAUUUCGUUGCGAGAAGUGUCAUGCUAAUGUGAGGAACGUUUCACCAAAGUACAAGCUACAUUUGUUUAUCAAAGAUGAUAGUGAGUCAUGUAAAUCAUGUUGCUUGACACUGUUGCUAAUACCAUUGUUGAUAGAAGAUCCAAAAUUAUUGCCAGAACCUGUCCAGAAUAUAUGUGGAAAAUCGUUUUGUUUCGGAGUUUCAAUAAGUUCUGAUAAUGUAACAAGUGGAGCAGAUACAUUCUUCGCUGCUCAAGUCUGGACUAAUGAUACCUUGUAUCAAAUCGAGUCUGCUCCUGAACCAGUUUCAAAUAUUGGUACCAGUUCGUCCAAUUUUUCUGGUGGAGAGGUUUCCGUGUUCAACCCUAACUCUCGGAGUUCAUCCGAAGGAGUAUCAACCCCCUUCUCGAAACGUAAGGAAGACGAUGCCGAAGUAAAAGAUAUCACCUCUACCUCAAAGAAAUUGUGCACUAAAAACAUAAAGUUGAAGAAGGCUAAGAAUGAUUAG